UCUCAUUCCACACACCUUGCUUAGACUAAGAUUUGCUUCUGUUUCAGGAAAAAAGCAUUUACAGACUUGGCAAAAACUCUAUUCAGAGGACGCGUAGAGUCCUGAGAACCUCAAGGGGACCAGGCGACUGAAGGAUGGUGGUGGUGUUUCUGCUGGGACUCGGCUGGUUCUGCUCUCCCCUGGGAGCACUGAUUCUGGACUUCAACAACAUCAAGAGUUCUGUGGACGUGCAAGGGGCUCAGAAGGGCUCACAGUGCUUGACUGACAAGGACUGCAAUACCAGGAAAUUCUGCCUCAGGCCCCACGAGAAGCCCUUCUGUGCUACGUGUCGUGGGUUACGGAGGAGGUGCCAACGUAAUACCAUGUGCUGCCCAGGCACGCUCUGCAUAAACGAUGUUUGUACUACAAUGGAAGAUGUAACCCCAAUAUCAGAAAGACAGGUUGAUGACCAAGAUGACAUAGAUACAAAAGGAACAACGGAGCAUCCAAUUCGGGAAAACAAACCCAAGAGGAAGCCAAAUACUAAGAAAUCACAAGGCAGUAAGGGACAAGAAGGAGAAAGCUGUCUUAGAACUUUUGACUGUGGACCGGGACUUUGCUGUGCUCGUCAUUUUUGGACUAAGAUUUGUAAACCAGUCCUAUUGGAGGGACAGGUCUGCUCUAGGAGAGGUCAUAAAGAUACUGCUCAAGCUCCAGAAAUUUUCCAGCGCUGUGACUGUGGUCCUGGACUAUUAUGUCGAGAUCAAGUUAUUGGCAAUCGACAGCACGCACGGCUAAGAGUAUGCCAAAAUAUCUAAAAAGCUGCAAGUAUUUCAAAAUAAGGAAGACUCCUUAUGUAUUCAAGCAGAAAUCUCAGACAUUAACUUAAAAAUCCUUUCAUACAAAUAUCCCUUAAAAUAAGAUCUUGUAGCAGCUGAAAUAGACGGAAGUUAGAGAACCCCAAGAUACUGCCUUGUGUGAAUGGAAAAUAGCUUUAGCUUUUUGUCUAUUUCUCCAGAAAAAAAAUAAUUUUGAUCUAGUGACUCAAUUAGUUUCAAAUAAAUGUUUAAUUUCUGGUGAAGGGCUGGUACCUGACAGCAGCUUGGGAAAAAAAAGUGAUAGUAUUUGAAAUUAAAAGUAAAUGCAUUCUUGGAUCUUACCAGUGAAAAUCAUCACAGCAAGUGUUGGCUUAAAAACUCGUUUUCCUUCGUUUCUUGAAAGGAAAAUGCCAUUUCACGACAAAAUAUUUUGAUCAACAGAGAAAUAAAAUUCAAAGGGUAUUAAUGCUUUAUAUUUGCAUAGGCCUUUACAAGUUACAAAGCAUUUUCACAUAUUUUGUUUUCAACAACUUUACUUACCAUUUGAUUGUUUUUUAUAUUUUAUAUUUAUAUAAUUUUUAUAUUUGAAAGUUAGAGCUUUUAAGGAGUGUUUCUGCUUAUCUAUUUUGACCAUCCGUACUUAAAUGGUAAUCUUGGAGAAAAACUCAGGCAAAAAAAAUGACAUUUUUAUUUGUUUGUUUGAAAUUUAAGAGGCCAUAUUUUGUGAUGGGUACAUAUGAGAAGUGGUUUUGCUUAGGAAGCUCUUUCUAAUGGAUUACUACCACAUGCUACAGAUUUAAGAGAUGAGCCAUACACCUGUUUUUCUAUUUAAGUUAUAUGUUAAAAAAUCAACUAUGGGCCGACAAAAGAAAAUUAAAUUUAUGAAGGUCCCUACUUUUAAAAAAUAUAUUGAAUUGUCUUCCAGAGGCUAGGCUCUGGGUGUACAUUAACUGACUGAUUUGUAAUCAGUAAGUAGGGGUAAAGGUAGGG